UAUCUGUGCCAACGCAAGACUUCAUAAGCAACUCACAGUUUCCAGAUCACUGACAACUUGGAGUGGCCCUCCCUGAACUUCUGGACGACCUACAUUGUUUUAGGAUCGGCGGUCCAAGCUGACAGCUGCUCAACUCACUGCUAAAUUAAUUCUCUAAAGCGGAAGUCAACGCCAUCUCGAAAGCACCACAACCGAAGAUCGUUUGCGACCUUGUCGCCUACCGCAAUGUCGCCCGCCGCACCACCAAAGCACGCAGCCUAUCGUGGCGCCCCGGCACCGGCACCGCAUGCGGCUCCUCACCCAGCGCCGCACCAACAGCAAGCACCCGUCACGCAAAACGUCACCGAGGUCGUCCUCGCAACCGCGGGAUAUGACCACACCAUCCGGUUCUGGGAAGCUUUAAGUGGAAUAUGUCUGCGGACGAUACAACAUGCCGAUUCUCAAGUAAACAGACUGGCGAUAUCCCCGGAUAAGCGGUACCUAGCAGCAGCGGGGAACCCUCACGUGCGGAUGUAUGAAGUCCAGUCCAGUAACCCCAAUCCUAUUACCUCGUUUGACGGACACACGGGCAACGUAACAGCGAUCGGGUUUCAGUCGUCAGGGAGGUGGAUCGUCACAGGCAGCGAGGAUGGGACGAUUAAGAUCUGGGACGUGAGGGCACCGGGAAUACAACGAGACUAUGAACUCAAAUCGCCAGUAAACGACGUCAUAAUACACCCAAAUCAGGGAGAACUGAUAUCGUGCGAUCAGAAUGGGUCGGUGAAAGUGUGGGAUUUGGGGGAGAACGCUUGCACGCAUGAAUUGCUCCCGGAGGAGGACACACCCGCACGAUCGGUGACGAUGGCGUCGGAUGGAUCUAUUCUGGUAGCCGCGAAUAACAAGGGAAACUAUUAUGUGUGGAAAACCAAAACCACAGGCGACCUGACACAGCUGGAAGCCCUCACGAAGGUCGCAGGACACAGCAAAUUCAUCACCAAGUGCAUGUUGAGUCCAAAUACAAAGGUGCUGGCCACUUGCUCGGCUGAUCACACGGUGAAGAUCUGGAACACGGCGGACCGACAGUUCACGCUGGAGAAGACGCUGACGGGCCAUCAGCGGUGGGUGUGGGACUGCGCGUUUUCGGCCGACUCGGCGUAUCUCGUGACUGGUUCCUCAGAUCACUCCGCGAGACUAUGGGACCUAGCGACCGGUGAAACCAUCCGCCACUACAGCGGCCACCAGAAAGCCGUCGUAUGCACCGCAUUGCAUGAUGUCAGUAUGUGAGGGGCGUGCGGUCUCGCAUGAUCCCGGCAGUGUAGUGUCUCCUCGCCCACAGCGACAGUCUGCCACACCACAAUGUACAUAUUCCCCCGCCAAUUCGGUCUUUCCUGUUCGACCCCAAUGUGUAUGAUAGUAAACGGGGCGAAGCUAAUAGAUCGAGAGUUGCAGGUAGAGUUCGGUGCUCACUACAAUUACGCCUUUUUUUUU